AUAUUGUGAAGAGUCAAGCAGAGGACUUGGACUUGUUCAGACGAGGCGACGACUCCCUCCCGUCUCGGUUCCAUCCCACCUAUCCAAAUAUCUUUCUUCUUCAUCUUCUCUUCUCUCCAAUUUUCUCAAUUUUCAUUUCCUUUGUGUUUGAAUGGGAACUCCAGAAUUUCCAGAUCUUGGAAAACACUGUGCUUUCUCCGAUUGCAAACUCAUUGAUUUCUUGCCCUUCACUUGCGAUCGUUGCAACCAGGUGUAUUGUUUGGAACACCGAAGUUAUAUCAAACACCACUGUACAAAAGCUGACAAGCAAGAUGUCACUGUAGUAAUAUGUCCACUUUGUGCCAAAGGGGUUCGCCUAGUUCCUGAGCAAGAUCCAAACAUAACAUGGGAGAAUCAUGUUAACACCGACUGCGACCCAUCAAAUUAUGAAAAAGUUACAAAGAAGAAAAAGUGCCCUGCAGCUGGAUGUAAAGAGAUCUUAGUAUUCUCAAACACAAUUAAGUGCAGGGAUUGCAUGGUAGACCAUUGUUUGAAGCAUAGAUUUGGACCUGAUCACAAAUGUCCAGGACCUAAAAAAUUGGAAUCAAAUUUCUCAUUUAUGAGUCUAAUGAAUAGGAAUAGAAAACCGGAGUCUAAAAAAAUCAAUUCAAGUUCAACACCCUCCUCAUCUAAGUGGACAAAGAGCUUUCUUAAUGCCGCGUCUAGUAUUCGAGCUUCAGCUGAGGCUGGAAUAUCAAAGUUGAGUGGUGAAAUUAACCAAGCAUGGGGGACAUCAAGUGAUGGUGGAGGCAAGAGCAAUAGCAGUGGUCAAGUGGAGCAAUGCCCUCAAUGUGAUGCUAAGUUUUCCUCGGUCACUGCAUUGGUGGAUCAUGUACAGAAAGUUCAUGAAAGAAGCGGUAAUCGAUCUGCUGCAAAAGUUACAAUUGAUGCGUGUCCUAAGUGUAGUAAAGGAUUCAGAGACCCUGUGUCCCUUGUGGAGCAUGUUGAGAGAGAGCACGGCGGCAGUUCGAGCGCAUAGGUAUUAAGUUGAUAUUGAAUUGAUUUUUAACUUGAAGAAAUUGUACUUUUUGAAAUAGAUAUAGCAUGGAUGAAUUCAGUGUAUAAACAUUCUUCCCCCCAGUUUUAUAGAAACAAGAUAUGAAUUUGAAAAUGUUUGUUAUUUCUACAUCAUAGUUGGAAUAGCAACAUUAUUUGAUUGA